CCUACGUGGGGCGUCGGGCGUCUGCCGCUGGCAAGAGCAACUUUGAGGGUUGAGGUCGGGCGGCGCAGCACCCCGGGAGGGUCCCGGUCGGAAGCUGCUGUCCGGCGGUGGCAGUUCCGGAGCCUCUUGCCUGCGGUCCGCGGGACCCCAGAGGCCUGCGCGAGAUCUGGCAUCUGGAGACUUCACCCAUCCUCAGCGGAAACUGUCCAGAAGGAGGACAUGGGGGCUGAACAGAGGGAAGCAAGGUCUCAGGUGUCAGUGACGUUCGAAGAUGUGGCUGUGCUCUUUACGCGGGAUGAGUGGAGAAAGCUGGCUCCUUCUCAGAGAAACUUGUACCAAGAUGUGAUGCUGGAGAACUAUAGCAACUUAGUCUCAUUGGGACUCCCAUUUUCCAAACCCACAGUGAUCUCCCUGUUGCAGCAAGGAGAAGAUCCCUGGAAGGUAGAGAAAGAAAGCCCUGGAGGCUCCUCUCUAGGAUGGAAGAACAGUUACAAAACUACAAAGUCAACUCAAACGCAAGGUUCUUUGUUUCAGGAGCUGAUAAUCAAAAAAUCCAAAAGGAAUGGACCCUGGGACUUCAAAUCAGAAAACCCCUGCGUAUAUGAGGAUAGAUUUGAGAAAACGCAGGAGAAAAAAGAAAGUGAUCAGAUAGUUUCAAUCACUCAUAAAAAAAACCUCACUAUAGAAAGAAAACAUAAAAAUACUGAAUGUAGUCAAAACUUCAGCCCAAAGUCAGUCAUUGUUAGGCAACAGAUGGUUCCCAGAGAAAAAACCCCACCAAAAUGUGAAAUACAAGUAAACAGCUUCAAACAGAAUUCCAAUUUACUUAAUCAACAAAAAAUCAACACAGCCGGGAAACGCUAUAAAUGUAGUAUAUGUGAGAAAACCUUCAUUAAUACUUCAUCCCUUCGUAAACAUGAGAAAAAUCAUAGUGGAGAGAAAUUAUUUAAAUGUAAAGACUGUUCAAAAGCCUUUAACCAAAGUUCAGCUCUUAUUCAACAUCAAAUAACUCAUACUGGAGAGAAACCCUAUAUAUGUAAAGAAUGUGGGAAAGCCUUCACUCUCAGUACAUCCCUUUAUAAACACCUAAGGACACAUACUGUGGAGAAAUCCUAUAGAUGUAAAGAAUGUGGUAAAUCCUUCAGCAGAAGGUCAGGCCUUUUUAUACAUCAAAAAAUCCAUGCUGGAGAAAACCCCUAUAAAUAUAAUCCAGGUAGGAAGGCAUCUAGUUGCAGCACAUCCCUUCCCGGGUGUCAGAGAAUGAAUUCCAGAAAGAAGUCCUAUUUAUGUAAUGAAUGUGGCAAUAGCUUUAAGUCUAGCUCAUCCCUUCGUUAUCACCAGAGAAUUCACACAGGAGAGAAGCCUUUUAAAUGUAGUGAAUGUGGGAGAGCCUUCAGUCAGAGUGCAUCUCUUAUUCAACAUGAAAGAAUUCACACUGGAGAAAAGCCUUAUAGAUGUAAUGAAUGUGGAAAAGGUUUCACUUCUAUUUCACGACUUAAUAGACACCGAAUAAUUCAUACUGGUGAGAAGUUUUAUAAUUGUAGUGAAUGUGGUAAAGCCUUAAGUUCCCACUCAACGCUUAUUAUUCAUGAGCGAAUUCAUACUGGAGAGAAACCAUGUAAAUGUAAAGUGUGUGGGAAAGCCUUCAGACAAAGUUCAGCUCUCAUUCAGCAUCAGAGAAUGCAUACUGGAGAAAGACCCUAUAAAUGUAAUGAGUGUGGGAAAACAUUCAGGUGUAACUCAUCCCUUAGUAAUCAUCAGAGAAUUCACACAGGAGAGAAACCAUAUCGAUGUGAAGAAUGUGGGAUAUCUUUUGGCCAAAGUUCAGCUCUUAUUCAACAUCGGAGGAUUCAUACAGGAGAGAAACCCUUCAAAUGUAAUACAUGUGGGAAAACUUUUAGACAAAGCUCAUCACGCAUUGCCCAUCAGAGAAUUCAUACUGGAGAGAAACCCUAUGAAUGUAAUACAUGUGGGAAACUUUUCAACCACAGGUCAUCUCUUACUAAUCAUUAUAAAAUUCAUGUUGAAGAGAACCCCUAGUAAGUAGAUUUGCAUGUAUGAAAUUCUGAAACCAAAGCUCAUCAGAAUACAUGAGGGUGAUGUAAUAAAUGUAAUGGAUAUGAAAAACCUUUCUAUAAUUUAGUCAUCAGAUAAUUAAUUCCAAGGAUAACCUAUGUAAUAGAUGAGGAAAGUGGAAAGUGUUCAAGCCUAUCAGACACUUUAUAAUAACCUAAAAUGAAGAAUUCCCGACUGGAGACAUCGACUUUGGGCAUUUGUAAAAUAAUUGUUUUCUCUCUGCAGCAGUGUAUGCUACAUAUCAUAUGUAAUUGUUAUAAACAUCUGGGUGAUGAGGGGAGGUGUGCACUGGAUUUCCCAUUAAAAUAAACUGUAAACUGUUAAUACUUUUUUUUAAAAUAACUGACAUUGGAAUAGCAUAUAAAAGAUGUGGUCAAAGAAAUUAUACAUUUUUAGAGAAAAGGACCAAAUAAAACAAAAAUGUAAACUACCUCUCACUUUCUGGGGUUUGUCCUUUUCCUGACUUGAUGUCAAACUUUGUGCAUGGAUUUCAUUUACAAAUAGAAAUAAAAGUCUGUUCUCUGCUUC